UGUUAUUGCUUCCGUGGAAAUGAAUUCACUUCCUGUUUCGAAUACAAAUGCUGGAACGAACAGACGGUCUGUUUCGACUCCAGUAUAAUUUUUUUAAUAUAUAGGCGGAGGAUUUCAUUGCGGAAUCUACUGCCACCAUGAAACUCGUACGUUUUUUGAUGAAAUUGAGCCACGAGACCGUCACCAUUGAACUGAAGAAUGGCACUCAGGUCCACGGAACAAUCACAGGAGUUGAUGUCUGUAUGAAUACCCACCUCAAAGCUGUGAAAAUGACGCUGAAGAACAGAGAGCCAGUUCAGUUGGAGUCCCUGAGUAUUCGUGGCAACAACAUCCGCUACUUCAUUCUACCUGACAGCCUGCCUCUGGACACACUGCUGGUUGACAUCGAACCCAAAGUCAAGUCUAAGAAGAGGGAAGCUGUGGCAGGCCGUGGUAGAGGCCGUGGUCGUGGCCGAGGUCGUGGCCGAGGUCGAGGCAGAGGGGGGCCCAGAAGAUAAAUGGUCCAUCUGUGUAAUCCUGCUGCAAGCCUUCCCUAUUUGGUUUACACUUAUUUCUGGAAAAGUUUGGAAAUAGAAGCCUCUUUUUUUGUUUUGUUUUGUAAUAAACCUUAUAACUGAUCAAAAUGGUCUUAUUUUUAGUAUUUGUAUUUGAAUGCAUACAAACAAACAUAACAUUUUGCCUUAUGACAGGGAAUUGAUUUAGUAUUAUUGGAGUCCAUUCGCUUAUAAAAUUUUUAUGAAUGGCAAUGUAGCAAUUUUAAACUUCUAAAUGCAUUAUAAUCAAAAUAAAGUUGUAGCCCUUGGA